AUGCCUAUCCCAGUGAUGUCCUCCAAUGGCGCGGAGACGCCCCGCCCGAAGGUCCUAAUCCCAGAAAAGGUCUCUCCGGAUGGACUGGCGCUACUUCGAGAGAACUUCGAAGUCCAUGAACGCAAAGGAUUGUCUCCGGAUCAGCUCAAAGAGGUUAUUCCGGACUACGAGGCUUUGAUCGUCCGCUCGGAGACGAAAGUGACAGCGGAUCUGCUGUCAGCUGCAACAAAGCUCAAGGUUGUUGCUAGGGCUGGCGUUGGUGUUGAUAAUGUUGACGUCGAAACCGCGACGAAGCGCGGUGUCAUUGUUGUCAACAGCCCUAGUGGCAACAUUGGUGCUGCUGCGGAACACACCGUCGCCUUGAUGAUGGCUGUAGCUCGAAACAUUGGAGAUGCUUGUGCAAGCCUCAAGUCCGGCAAAUGGGAACGCAGCAGACUCGUUGGCGUCGAAAUGAAGGGAAAGACUCUUGCCAUCGUUGGAGCCGGAAAGGUCGGCAUCACCGUUGCCCGGAUCGCCAAUGGCAUGGGCAUGAACGUCAUAGCCUACGACCCCUACGCCAACCCUCAGAUAGCCGCAGCAGCAUCAGUCGAACUCAAAGACAGUCUCGACGAGCUUCUAACAGCCGCAGACUUCUUCACCAUCCACACGCCCCUCAUCGCCUCAACCAGAGGCAUGAUCGGCAAGAACGAGCUCUCCAAAAUGAAGCCGACCGCCCGCCUCCUCAACGUCGCCCGCGGCGGCGUCAUCGACGAAGCGGCCCUCCUCUCCGCCCUCGAAGCCGGCACCGUCGCCGGCGCCGGCAUCGACGUCUUCACAUCGGAACCCCCCGCGCCCGACUCUCCCGCCGCGCGCCUCAUCUCGCACCCCAAAGUCGUCGCAACCCCCCACCUCGGCGCGUCGACGGUCGAGGCGCAAGAAAACGUCUCCAUCGACGUGUGCCAGCAAGUCGUGGCGAUCCUGUCGGGCGAGCUGCCGCGCAGCGCCGUCAACGCGCCGCUCAUCCUGCCCGACGAGUACCGCACGCUGCAGCCCUUCGUCAGCCUGGUCGAGAAGAUGGGGUCGCUGUACACGCAGCACUACAGCGCGGCGCAGCGCCGCUCCCCCUCCGCCUUCCGCACCACCUUCGACCUCACCUACCACGGCCACCUCGCCGAGCUCAACACCACCAAACCCCUCUUCGCGGCGCUGAUCAAGGGCCUCCUCGCGCCCAUCAGCGAACUGCCGCCCGGCGCGGGUGGCCCGAAUGUUAAUAUUGUUAAUGCUGAGCUCGUCGCGAAGGAGCGUGGCAUCCUCGUCAACGAAAGGCGCGCUCGCGCUGAUGAUGAUGAGGGCGAGGGCGGGUCGGGCUUCGCGAGCAGCGUGACGUUGCGUGCGCGUCCGUCCCGUGGUGCGUCGGGGGCGCGGGGCGUAAGGCCGAGCUUCACGCGGAGCAACACUGGUGGUGGGCGACCGAAUCUGGAGGGAGGCCCGGUGGGUGGAGCGGGAGGAGAGAUGGCGAUGAAUGAUGAUGAUCAGGUUAUUCAGGGGUUCGUGUCGGCGAAUACGCCGCAUAUUUCGCGGCUGGAUCGCUUCGCGACGGCGGCGAACUUCGUGCCCAAGGGGACGAUGCUGAUCUGUCGGAACUUUGAUAGUUGUGGGAAGAUUGGGUUCGUGGGGAAUAAGCUCGGAGCGGCGGGGGUGAAUAUCUCGAGCAUGAUUGUGGCGCCGUUGGUGCAGCAGACGACGACGGGUGGAACAACCGAGGAGGAGGGGGGGAAGGGCGAGGAGGCGGCGAGUGAGGCGUUGAUGAUUUUGGGGGUGGAUGGCCCGGUGACGGAGGAGGUGGUGAAGAGUUUGAUUGGGGGUGAGGGUGUGUUGGAGGCGAGUGUUGUGACGUUUUGA